AUGGCCCACCAAAUCUCAGCACUUGCAAGGGGAGAGGAGCGUCUUGAUCUCUUCAUCCUCGGCCAGGACAACAAUUGUUACCACAAGUACCGCAACAGCGAGGACUGGUCCGACUGGAAGAGCAUCGGCAAGGGAUUUAGCAGCAUCAUCUCUGCCGUCAGCUGGGGUAAGGACCGCCUCGAUAUAUUCUGCCUGGACACCAGCAAUACCUGCUAUCACCGUGUCCUGGAGAAUGACAAAUGGGACAAGUGGGAGAAUCUGGGUGGUAAUUUCACCAGCUCGGUCAAGGCCAUCAGCUGGGGUGAAAACCGUCUUGAUAUUCUUGCCCGUGGUCACGAUAACACUUGCCACCAUCAAUACUAUGACGGUAACCGUUGGAGUGGAUGGAAGUCCAUCGGUGGAUCCCUGAACGGUGGCGUUGAGGCCGUGAGCUGGGGCAAGGAUCGUCUGGAUGUGUUCGCGUUAUGGGCGGAUGACAAUUCUUGCCGCCGAAAGCGAUACGAUGGAUCCAACUGGAGUGACUGGGAGAACCUUGGUGGGCCUCUGGUGAGCCCUAUUCGGGCUGUCAGCUGGGGUCGGGACCGCAUCGAUCUCUUUGCUCGAGGCCAUGACAAUGGAUUCUAUCACCAGGGAUACGAUGGAAACAAGUGGACUGGAUGGCAAUCCCUUGGUGGCCAGGUGUACAGCCACAUCGAGGUCAUCAGCUGCGCUCCUAACCGCUUGGACGUGGUCGCCAUCAACCGGGACAGAAGAUGCGUCUUCAGGUCCUUUGAGAACGGUAAGUGGAGUGACUGGAAGACUCAAGGGGAUGUGACAUUCUUCAGUGCAAUUACUGGAGUGUCUUGCAGGGCUCGCGAGGGCCAGAUUGACCUCUUCGGUGUGUCCACUCAUAACAACAGCGUUCAGCAUAGAGCUUGGGACGGUAACAACUGGAAAGACUGGAGGUCUCUGGAGGGACUUGUUACUUGCCAGCUGAGGGAUUAUUGA